AUGGCAAGCAAUCGCCUGCGAUGGAACACGAUGCCCGAAUUCCGAGCAAUGCAACACCCUGACAACCACGAAAACCAUGGUACAAGAAGACUGGGCAUUGCAUGGGAGAAUCUCACAGUGAAAGGCGUCGCUGCUGAAGCUGCGUUCAAUGAGAAUAUUUGGUCUCAGUUCAUACCUGCAAGGCUGAAGAAGGGCCAUUCCGGAGCUACAUCGUCGACAAAAACAAUCUUGGAGAACAGCCAUGGCUGCGUGAAGCCGGGAGAGAUGCUUCUGGUACUGGGUCGACCCGGGGCUGGCUGCACAAGUCUUCUUGAAGUACUGGCAAAUCGACGUGCUGGUUUCGCCUCAAUCGACGGCGAGGUCAAUUAUGGCUCAUUGGAUGCCAAAGACGUUGCUCGGUAUCGAGGUGCCAGAGACUUCUUGCUGAAGGCGUUGGGAAUCUCACACACCUCCGACACGAAAAUUGGAGACGCAUUCAUCCGAGGCGUGUCGGGAGGCGAGAGGAAGCGAGUUAGUAUCAUUGAGACAAUGGCCACUCGUGGCAGCAUCUAUUGCUGGGACAACUCAACCAGGGGCCUUGAUGCCAACACUGCUUUGCAAUUUGUCAAGGCCGUUCGGACCAUGUCGGAUAUUUUCGGUUUGACUUCCAUUCUCACACUCUACCAGGCUGGCAAUGCCAUCUACGAGCUUUUCGACAAGGUGCUUGUCCUGGAAAAGGGGCUUCAGAUAUACUACGGACCUGCCAAGUCUGCGAGACAAUUCAUGGAAGAUCUUGGCUUCGUCUGUGCUGAUGGAGCAAACGUUGCAGAUUUUCUCACAAGCGUGACUGUCCCGACCGAACGGAAAAUUCGUCCAGGUUUCGAGAUGACAUUCCCCAGAAUGGCCGCUGACAUUUUGGCUAACUACAACGGAUCUAGCAUUCGAAAGCUCAUGGCGAGCGAAUAUGACCAUGCCAGCCGACCAGAAGUGAUAAAAAAUACUCAAGAGUUCGAGCGCUCUAUCGCCUACGAGAAGCAUGAUAGCCUACUGAUGAGGAAGUCUCCGGUCACGGUCGGGUUUGGAACUCAGCUCGAUGCCGCAGUCAGGCGACAAGUCCAGAUCAUAUUGGGAGACAAAUCCAACUUGAUCGUGAAGCAGGGCUCCAAUUUGAUCCAAGCGUUUGCUGCCGGAUCGCUAUUCUACAACGCUCCAGACAACUCCGCCGGCCUCUUCAGCAAAUCUGGAAUUAUAUUCGUCACGAUCUUGUUCAAUGCUUUGAUUGCACAAUCAGAAGUCACGGAUUCCUUCACAGGACGAAAUGUUCUCGACAAGCACCAAAGCUUUGCUUUCUAUCAUCCAGCUGCUUGGACUCUCGCCCAAACAAUCCUUGACAUACCCAUCAUAUUGUUCCAAGUUUCGGCCUUUGGUGUUGUGGCAUACUUCCUCUCUGGUCUCACGUCAGACGCAGGAGUAUUCUUCACCUUUUGGUUCUUGAUCGUCUCAAGCACCUUCUGCAUCACAGCUUUGUUCCGAGCAGUUCGCGCCGGAUUCAAAACCUUCGAUGAUGCAAGCAAGUUCGCAGGGGUCAUUGUGAUGGCAGUACUGAUGUACGCUGGAUAUAUGAUCCCGAAGUCAGAGAUGGGUAACUGGUUUGUCUGGAUAUACUGGAUCAAUCCACUUGCAUAUGCAUACAAUGGUCUGUUGUCCAACGAAUUCAAUGGCAAGGUGAUAGACUGUGUCGGUCCAAAUCUUGUCCCUAGUGGACCAGGAUAUACGUCAACUGCCAAUAAAGCCUGUACAGGGGUACGUGGUGCUCAUUCUGGAGCUACGAGCGUUACUGGCACUCAGUAUCUCGACAGCCUGAAGUAUAGUCAUUCAGAUAUGUGGAGAAGCGUAGGGAUUGUAUGGGUAUGGUGGGCCUUCUACGUUGCUCUUACAAUCCUUCUCAUGUCCAUGCAUAGAGGGAACGAGUCGCGGAAAGGAACCCCUCUCGUUCCCAGCGAGAGAGCCAAGGAAAUCUCACAGCAACCUCAAGACGUAGAAGCUCAAAGUAGCGAGAAGGCUCUAGGAUUAUUCGACAGUCCCACGGAUGAUUCUUCCACUGCGGUGGUGGAUCACAACCUUGUUCGGAACGAAUCGACGUUCACUUGGAAAAAUGUUGUCUAUACGGUCAAGACUCCCGAUGGGCCCCGAGUGCUUCUUAACAAUGUCCACGGGUGGGUUAAACCGGGCAUGCUGGGAGCACUCAUGGGGUUUUCAGGGGCCGGAAAGACAACAUUGCUGGAUGUUCUCGCACAACGCAAAACGGACGGAGAGCUUAGCGGAGCCGUGCUUGUUGACGGACAGCCGUUGACGGCAAGCUUCCAGCGUUCAGCAGGUUCUGGCGAACAACUGGACGUGCAUGAGGCCUUGACGACCGUUCGUGAAGCCUUGGAAAUCUCCGCACUCUUACGCCAACCGCACACGACGUCAAAGGCAGACAAACUAAAGUACGUCGAUGUGAUAAUCGAUCUUCUCAAAUUGCGAGACAUCGAAGACUGCUUGGUCGGAACAGCCGAUGGUCCUGGUCUCUCUGUCGAACAACGGAAGAGACUCACCAUCGGCGUGGAACUGGUUGCAAAGCCAAGUGUCGUCAUCUUCAUGGAUGAGCCUACCAGCGGGCUGGACGGACAAGCAGCAUACAAUGUUGUACGAUUUCUGAAGAAGCUGGCAGCGGCAGGACAGGCGAUUCUGGUCACCAUCCAUCAACCGAGUGCCCAGCUGUUCUGCGAAUUCGAUUCUCUAUUCCUUUUGGCCAAAGGAGGAAAUACCGUAUACUUCGGGGAUAUUGGCGAAAACGGUGACACCGUUCGCGAUUAUUUUGCGUCAUACGGUGCCCCUUGCCCACCGGAAAUGAACAUCGCGGAGCACAUGAUCGAUGUCGUGACUGAUACUAAGACGAAAGACUGGAGUCAGGUUUGGCUUGAUUCACCACAGCAUGCACAAGUACUGGAGCAACUAGAUUCCAUUGUCCAAGUGAAGUCUCGACAAGGCUCUUACAUCAGGGGAACUGACUACAAUUAUGAAUUCGCCAUGCCGCUGUGGGAACAAAUCAAGAUUGUGUCAAAGCGUGCCAGCACAGUCUUGUAUCGCAACACAGGCUACAUCAACAACAAGCUGCAGCUCUACAUCCUCACCGGACUUUUCACUGGAUUUUCCUUCUGGCAACUUGGAUAUGGCGUAGGCGACAUGCAGCUUCGAAUGUUCGCCCUGUUCAACUUCAUCUUUGUUGCACCAGGGGUUAUCGCUCAACUCCAACCACUCUUUAUCGAGAAGCGAGACAUCUACGACGCCCGAGAAAAGAAGUCCAAGAUGUACAGCUGGAUCGCGUUCGUCACUGGAUUGAUCGUUUCCGAGCUCCCCUACCUGGUCAUCUGCGCCGUCCUAUUCUUCUUCUGUUUCUACUACACCGUCGGAUUUCGUACGGAUUCGGACAAAGCCGGUGCAGUGUUCUUCGUCUUCCUGAUGUACGAAUUCAUGUACACUGGCAUCGGACAAUUUAUCGCAGCUUACGCCCCCUCUGCGGUAGCUGCCUCGCUCGUCAAUCCACUAGUCAUCUUUACACUGGUUGGAUUCUCUGGAGUUCUCGUACCCUACUCACAGAUUGUGGAUUCCUGGAAGUACUGGCUGUACUACAUCAACCCUUUCAACUAUCUGAUGGGGUCUUUACUAGUCUUCACAACGUUUGAUAUCGAUGUGGUGUGCAAAGAGAGCGAGCUGGCCAUCUUCGAUCCCGGGGCAAAUCUUCUCAAUCCCUCGGCAUCGAGUGGCUGCCAGGUCUGCGCGUAUACUUCUGGAGGUGACUAUUUAAGAACGAUGAACUUGAACGAUUAUUACUACGGCUGGCGAAAUGCAGCAAUUGUGGUGCUGUUUGUCAUGUCGAGUUACGGCUUGGUCUUUCUCCUGAUGAAGCUGCGUACGAAAAAGACCAAAAAAGUCGAAUAG